AUGUGUUGCAAUACCGAGACAUACUAUUCAGGAUGUGGUGGCUACUUUUACCUCUCCUUUCCGUGCUGCGGAACACCUGCAAGUCACAAUUGCGGUGGUAAAAGGCCUAAGAAGACGUUCAAUGAGGGAAAGUGUGAAUCUUGUUUGGGACCUAAAAAGACUCCAGAAGAGAGUGAGCCGCAGGAGUGGAAAGAUGUUAAGGAAAAGAAUCCAGGAUAUUUUUCUCACGUGAAGAAUUGGGAGGAGAUUUUUGGUGAGAUAAGGCAAGAGGAUGAGGAGUGGCAGAAACAGUUAGACCUGGAGAAGAGCAUCAGAGAGAGAAGUGGGCAGGAGGGAAUAGUGGUACAGAUUGCGAGUGGAGUUGGAGCGUGGAACGAGAAGAGAAAAACUAAGGAAAAUCAAAAGGGUCAAGAGAUGAAUCGACAGAAACAGGGCGAAGGAGAGAAACUACUCGGUUUUUGGAGGAAACAUUAA